UGUGAGGCUAAAUAUUCCGAAUUUGGAUUUUAUGUUCGGAUUCAAUUAUUUGACAAUUCAAUUUUGAUUCUUGUUGUUUUAUCACUUAAAUAAUCAUCAUGGAUGAACAAAAUUUACAGAUAGAUCUAAUGAUUGCUACUUCAGAGCGUUUUCAAUCAUUGGAAUCGAAAAUCAAUCAUCUAACUAUUGAUUUGGACAAGAAAAAUAUAGCGUUGAAUGAUCUUAAUUUUCAUAAUCAAAAUCUAAUUAAAGAAAACAAUGAAAUAAAGAUUGAAUUAUCAAAUAUUCAAAACAAUUGUCAUACACAGCUUUUGUCAGUAAAAAAUUUGUUACAAACAAAUCAAAAUAAUGGAGAAAAUAAUGAUCAAAUAAUCAAUAUGAUUGAUAUGAUUAUCAAGAAUACUAUGUCAUCAUCAUCAUUAUCAUCCAAAAUCCAUAAUGAUGAUAAUGUUUUCUUCGAAAUGAUUGAAUCAAAAUCAAAAUUAUUUCGUUAUGAAAAUGAACUACCAUGUUUACGUGAUAAAAAUGAAAUUCUUGACACAAUGAUUCGAUCAAAAAAUGAUUAUAUAAAAGAUUUAUUAAAAUUUAUUGGUGAACAACGUAAACAACAUGAAACAAUUGUUGAAUCAUUGGAAAAUGAAUUAAAAAUUCAAAACAAAACCAAUGAUAUGAUUCGUCAUGAACUUGACAAUUCAAAAUCUAAAUGUCAAACGUUAGAAAUCGAAUCAGCUGAAUCAAAACAACAAAUUGCUCAUUUAUCUGAUAGGCUACAAAAUUCGGAAAAAAGUCGUCAAAAAAUCAUUGAUGAAUAUGAUCAAAAAUAUCGAAUAAAAACAGAUGAAUGUAAUAGUUUACAGUUGGAAAUUGAAAAAUUGAAUAAUGUUUUUGAAAAAUCGAAAACCGAAAUGUUGGAAAAAUAUCUGGAAAAAUUUUAUCCAAAUAUCGCAAUGUUUAGCCAGAUAUUCGAUCGUAAUCGUUCGGUUAGUCAACUUUAUUCACAAUUUUUACGAACGGAAACAAUGAAUAAGAAUUUAUUGAUUGAAAAAACUGUACUUGAAGAUCGUGUACAAUCAUUAACCAAACAAUUGGAUGAUAUGGAACGAUCAACCGCAAAUCUAAUGAAUGAAAUACAACGUCUAAAACGUAUGGAAGAUAAAAUGUUAAAAAUUGAAACCGAAAACAAAGAAUUGGCUAUUUCUUUAAAAUUCUAUCAAAACUCGGCACAUUUAUUGCAUAAUGGUGCAAAAACAUUUCAUGAUAAUUUUCAAAAUCUUUCGAAUAGGAUUAAUAUCCUUGUCAAACAUGAAACAAAUCAGAUUAAUGAUCAAGAUACUGUUAAUAAUGGUAAUAAUGAUUCAACCGGUAUGAUGGCCUUAAAAUAUGUCAUGGAAUUGCAGAAUAAAUUUCAGGAAUUUCAUCAACUUCAAACAGAAUUUGAACGUCAAAAAUUGAAUUUUAUAAAUGAAAAACAGAAUAUUAUUGAAAGUGAAAAUCGAAUCGAUUCAUUGAUGCAACGAAUUUCAAUGUUGGAAAUGGAAAAACAACAAUGGCAAGCUACGAAUGGUGUAUUACAAAGUGAAUAUGAUGUACUACAAAGUCUAAUGACAAGUAUAAAAACUGAAUAUCAUGAGGAAAAAGGAAAACUUGAACAAACAAUCAGUGAAUUGGAAAUGACAAAUAAAUCAUUACAAGAAUCUAUUCAAAAAUCGAAUGAUAAACUUAAUAUGUCGGAUGAUGAACAAAAAACAUUAAAAUCAAUACGUGAUGAAUUGGAAAAUCGUUUAGAUUUGCAAUCAAAACAAAUGAUUUCAAUGGAAAAACGUUUAAAAUUACAGGUAAAACGAUUAGAACAAUUGGAAAAAUCGGAUGAUGAAUUACGAAAAAUAAAUGAACAAUUAAGGCAAUCGAAAGAAAUGGUAGAAAAAAAUUGGCAAAUAAUGUCCGAACAAGCUGAUGAUUAUCGACGUCGUUUAAUACGAAUGGAAACAGAAUUGAAUGGUUGUGAAUCCAAAAUGGAAUUAUGGAAACGUAAACAACAAUAUUUUCUUGAACGUUUGUCAACAUUAUAUAAUGAUAGUGAACGUAAUGAUCGUAUGACAAUGAUUAUCCAAUCAAUGACCGAAAAUAAAUGUUCGAUUGAUGAUGAAUUAUUACGAUCAAUUGAACGAAUGAAAAUGGAAAUAGAAAAUCGAAACGAAUCAUUGGAAACACAACGUCAACAAUGGAAUGAAGAAAAAUUGAUUUUCACUGAAAAGAUUUUACAAUUAGAAAAUGAUUUACGAAAUGAGAUUAAUCGUAAUUUAGAAUUGGAAAAUCAUUUCGUUUCACAACAACAACAACAACCAGUUAAAGAUAUUAUGGCCGAAAGAUUUGAAGCAUUAACAAAAGAAUUAAAUGAAUUGAAACAAAAAAUUUUGACAUCUGAUCAACAAUAUCGAAAAUUAUUGGAAGAAAAGCUGAAAAUCGAAUCCGAAUUUACCGUUGUUAAUGAUGAAAAAUCACAAAUUUUGGCCGAAUCAAAUCAGAUAAAACAGAAAUUUGAAAUGAAAAUCGAUCAACAACAAUCACAGAUGCAAAGAGAACUUGAACGUUAUAAUCAAGAUUUGUCCGUUUCACAAACAGUAUUGAUGGCGAAAAAUUCAGCUAUUGAAUUGUUGGAAAAGAAAAUUGAAAUGACGGAAAAAACAGUAAAAGAAUUGCAAAAAGAAUUAUCGGAUAAAAGUGAUGAAUGUCAACGAUUACAAUUACAACGGCAACAAUUACGUUCAGCACAAAUCGAAACGGAAAUAUUGCAAACAAAAUUACAACGAAUGGAACAACAAACAACUGAAUGGCUGAAACAAAUCGAAGAUCAACAAAAAAAUUUGAUCGAAUUAAAAAUGCAGAAAACAAUACAGGAAAAACGUUAUGAUGAAAGAUUAAAUUUGUUACGAUCAGAUGUGGAACAAUUACGAUUGGAAAAAUUGGAUCUAAUCCAAGCGAAUGAAAAACUUAAUCAUGAUCUUGGCCAUUUGAUUUGUUCAUUUAGUUUGGAAAAAAAUCCUACCAAACAUAUCGAUGAAGAAGUAAAAAAUGUUAUUGAAAAUCUAACCGGACAGAAUAAAUCCCUUUUGAAUAAAUCGAAAACAUUUGAAUUACAUAGUGAACGAUUGCGAAAUGAAAUAGAUUCAAUGCGAAUGACAAUCAUUAAUCUUGAACAAUGUAUUCAACGUGAAAAAUUAGAUUCCGAACAAAUGAAACAAUUAUUACGGAAUGAAUUUGAACAAAAAACAAAAUCCAUUGAUUUGAAUCAAGAAUUUCGGGAAAAUUUUCAAAAAAUACGUAAUGAAAAUGAAGAAUUAACAAGAAAAUGUAAUCAAUUAUCAUUGGAAAUUGAACGUCUACGACAAGAAGAUUCUCGUGAAAAGGUUGCUGAUGCUGGAGUGAUUGCAACAUUACAAUCACAAUUACAACAAACUGAAUCUAAUAAUCUGGAAUUGAAAACAAAACUAACCGAUUUGGAUGUUAAAUAUCGUAAAAGUGAACAAGAUUUGGCUAAUAUCAAAUCAAAAUAUAGCCAACAAACAACCGAACUAGAAUCAUUACGUAAAGAAUUGGCUACAAUAAAUAAAAAAUAUGAUGAAUCGGAAAAACAAUUAGAAUCAAUUCGUAAUGAAUUAUCUUCUGUACAAACGAUAAAUCAACAAUUAAAAAAUCUUGCACGAAAAUAUAAAUCACAAUGUGAAAAACAACAACAACAACAACAAUCUGGCUCGAAAGAAACACAACAACAACAACAGCUUGAUCUGGAAAAUAAUAAUGCAUUAGAAAUGCGUAUUCAAAAUCUGAAUGAUGAAAAUGAAAAAUUAAAAGAACAAAUUUCACAGUUACAGAUGGAAAUUAUUCAAUGUCGACAACAAACAGAACAAUCAAAACAAAAAGCUCGAUCGAUUGGACAACAAGCGAAAAAUCGUCUAUCAAAUAUGGAAAAAUUAUUGAAUGAACGGGAUAAGGAAAUUAAUUUUCUACGUUCAAUCAUAUCGGAUAAAUCUAAAAUAAUAGAUCCAUCCAGUGUUGUUAAUCAACAACCGAUUGCCGGUUGUAGUCAUAGUUCUGGUCAAUCGGUUAGUUCAACAAUUGUAUCGGCUUCAUCAAAUCGUUUACAUCAACAACAACCAAGUACAUCUUCAUCAUCAUCAUCAUCAUCAUCCACCACCUCUUCAACCUCUUCAUCAUCAACGACCAUGACAAUGACAAAAACAAUGAAUCAACAACGACAUCAUCAACCUUCAUCUAGUUCAGGUAGCCAAAAUGAAGAUAAUGAUACUGAUAAUAAUCGUUUACAAUCAGCACAAAUAUCAUCACAUACAACAUCAAUGAUGGAUGAUAAUAGUAUGGAAUCAUCAUCAUUAGCAUCGACAUCAACAUCAUCAUUUUUUCCAACAACAAAUAUACCAUCAACAUCUUCAUUAUCAUCAUCGAAUAAUCAUAAACGAAGAAUUCAAUCAUUAUCACCUGGUAAUCAAGAACAUCAAGAAUUAGGCGUAAAGAUUCUUUUAAAAAAGAAACGUAUUGAUAAUAUUAUUGAUAAUAUUAACAAUAUGAAUUCUGAAAAUUCUACUAAUCAAACAAUCAAUAUUCAACAACAGCCAUUGAAUUUAGAUAAUCAAAAUGCAGAUAAUAAUGAUAAUGAUGAUGAUGAUGAAGAUGAAAUGGAAGAAGCUGAACAAUCAUCACCACUUGUAAUACAAGUUGAUGAUGAUGAUGAUGAUGAUGAUGAAGUAGAACAAUCAAUUAAUGAUGAUCAAAUUGAUCAUAAUGAACAAGAACAGAUUGUUGAUCAAUCACAUCAACAAUUAGAACCAGAAGAAGAAGAUCAUCAUACUGAAUCAAAUGAUGGUUCUUAUCCGGAAGAUACUGAUGCAUCAUCAAGUAAUAAUAAUAAUAAUAAUCAUGAUCAUGAUAAUAAUGAUGAUAAUAAUAAUCAAUGAAAAUUGUCAAUGAUGCUAAAUAAUAAUGAUGAUGAUGAUGAUUGUGUCCUUUUUCAUAUUGCCAGAAUUAUUUUUACCUUUUUUUACUUUUCGAUUUGUAAUACACACAUUUUUUUUCGGAUGAUUAUUAUUAUU